GGUUCUCCCAAGGUCUAUAAAUUAAGUGCCUCGCCCCUUCAUUUUUCCUUCACUUAUCUCUUCCACAUUUGUCUCUCACUAACUACUGCCUUCAAAUUCAACGAAAAUGGCGCUUGUUGGUUUGCUCUUGGUGGGUUUUCUCACAAGGUUUUCGUCUGCCUAUGGCUAUGGUGGUGGGUGGAUCAAUGCACAUGCUACCUUCUAUGGAGGCAGUGAUGCAUCAGGAACAAUGGGUGGGGCUUGUGGAUAUGGGAACCUCUACAGCCAAGGGUAUGGAACAAACACUGCUGCACUGAGCACAGCUUUGUUCAACAAUGGUCUUAGUUGUGGGUCAUGCUAUGAGAUUAGGUGUGUGAAUGACCACAGGUGGUGUCUUCCAGGCUCCAUUUUGGUCACUGCCACUAAUUUCUGCCCACCAAACAAUGCCUUGCCUAACAAUGCAGGAGGGUGGUGCAACCCUCCUAUGCACCACUUUGAUCUCUCUCAGCCUGUCUUCUUGCGCAUUGCACAAUACAGAGCUGGAAUUGUGCCUGUGGCAUACAGAAGGGUGGCCUGCAGGAGAAGGGGAGGCAUAAGGUUCACAAUCAAUGGUCAUUCCUACUUCAACCUAGUCCUCGUAACAAACGUGGGUGGUGCUGGUGAUGUGCAUGGAGUGGCCAUCAAAGGGUCAAGAACUGGGUGGAUGCCAAUGUCAAGGAACUGGGGUCAGAAUUGGCAAAGCAACAACUAUCUUAAUGGCCAAAGCCUCUCCUUCAAGGUUACCACUAGUGAUGGUCGUACUGUGGUCUCCUAUAAUGUUGCUCCAGCUGGAUGGUCUUUUGGCCAAACAUACACUGGUGCCCAAUUCCGCUAGAGACCAUAAUACCCAAGUUCCAAUUAUUUACAUAUAUAUGAUGUGAUAUACUAUAUAAUAUAUAGUAUGUUAUGAUUUCUCAAUUUAAGAAUUAGUAUGACUCAAUAGUAUACUAGGGUAUUAGAUAGUAUGCUACUUGGUGGGGUGGGGUCAAUGGGCAUUCUUGGGAUCAGAAAAUGGGAAGGGCUAAUUUUAAACUGGCUCUUCAUCAUUUUGAUUGUGUUGAAGGGGGUUCCUAAUGAUUCUUAGGGUCUUCUUGAUUGGGAUCUUUUUUUAUUUUUUUCCAUUUUUGGAAGCUUUUUCUUCCUUCUGCGGCUAAAAGCUAGCAGAGAUGGACUUUUUUAUAUAUUUUAUUUUGUAACCUACUAAAUUGGAAGAGGUGGACUGUUGUACUACCCGCCAUUAGUAUUGGAAUAGUUUUUGUUUUUAUAUUUUUGGUCUCAUUAUUGGGAUUGUUAGAUUAGAAGCAUUGUUUGCUUACUAAUCCGUUGUGAGCAGCCUCAGAUGAGUGUGUCUUUGGCUGUACUCAAAAAGUGUAAAUUUUCCUAUUUCUG